AUGACCACAGACGGCAAGACAAUCACCAUAACCCAUAGUGCCACGAUAGAAACCGAGACCAAGAGUGAAUCCACUACCACCACUGAGCCCACAUCCACCAUCACAGUCGGCCUGGUAGUUGGUACUUACACCGCGUUUGCCGAACCUACGAGCUCAUUGGGUACCUCAACAGUAGACAUUACAAGCCUCAUGUCAAUCGCCACACUUCAGUCAAAGCUCUUCUCGUCUCUUUAUUCCGGUGAGCAAUACUCGCUCACAGCCAGCCUGUACACCACAACCACGUCCACAUCGACAACUUCCACCUCAACUACCUCUAAAUCCACAUCAGCCACUACAUCAGCAUCUGCUACACCGUCAGAGCGGUUCAUUAUCACACUCACCGAAGAUGACAACGAGCUUGGCAACCCUUACACCUGGGAAUACUUUGAUCCAACAUACAGUGAGUCAUACAGUUUUUGCGAGGAUAGUUUAGGCACGCUCGGAGAAGGACCCUCAGAUGGCGAGGGCCUUCCCAAUGGCACUUUCGAUAUCUCGGUAGACAUUCACGGAAUGAGUGACUGUGUUUAUGUGGGUACUACUGAUGCCCCGGGUACAUUCACUUGCCCCGGCCUUUCAUCUACUGUGGACUGCAUUAAGAGUCCACAGACAACGGGUGCGACGUGCUAUGAGAUUUCCGCCCCGGUUGAAUACACUCCCAAGAUCCAAUGCUCUUGGUAG